GCAGGGCAGAGGGGUGUGGCCCGCCACCCUCCCGGGCUUUGGGUCGGUGCGGCUCGCUCACCGCCGCGGGUCACCCCAGGGCCCGCCCGCGCACCCACAUCGCCCCCAGAGCCUCCGAGACUGGACCCGAGUAGGGCUGCGGACCUCCUCACCCUGUGCGGUCCGAGUGGGGAUGGAGGGCGCCCGGGAGAAGCCCCCGGAGCCCAGUUCCCCUGCCCAAGGGUCCGGGGAGCCUGAGACUCGGGGCCCCGAACUGCUGCCUCCCCAGGAGGAGCCCGAGGGCUGCGCGCGGCCCCCGGACACGGCCCCCAAGAAACUCUGCGGCUACCUGAGUAAGUUUGGCGGCAAGGGGCCCCUCCGCGGCUGGAAAUCUCGCUGGUUCUUCUACGACGAGAGGAAAUGCCACCUGUAUUAUUCGCGGACCGCGCAGGACGCCAACCCCCUGGACAGCAUCGACCUCUCCGGGGCGGUCUUCGACUGCAAGCCGGACGCCUCCGAGGAGGGAACUUUCGAGAUCAAGACUCCCAGCCGGGUUAUCACCCUAAAGGCCGCCAACAAGCAAGUGAUGCUGUACUGGCUGCAGCAGCUGCAGAUGAAGCGCUGGGAGUUCCACAACAGCCUGCCUGCACCUCCUGUCGCCUCUGACGCUGCCCUGGCUGGGAAUGAGCCUGCCCUGCGCCUUGAGCUAGAGCAAGAGGAGGCGGAGCUGGAGGAGUUCCUGUGCCCCGUGAAAACGCCCCCUGGACUCGUGGGUAUGGCAGCCGCCUUGCAGCCAGCCCCUGCCAUGCCCUCAGCCCUUCAGAAUAUUUCCCUCAAGCACCUGGGAACCGAAAUACAAAACACGAUGUACAGCAUCCGGGGCAACAGGCAGGCCCAAGGAACAGGCCAUGGACCUCCAGGGGAAGAUCCUCUGCCGAGCAGCGAGCCCCAGAGGGAGGAGCGGCCCUCAUCCCCUGACCCCAGUGCCCCAGGGAAAGAUCCAGGGGAGACUCUGAAGCCUGCACCCAAACCCUCUCUGACUGCCAAUCUCAUUCAGAAAGCCAAGCGCCCGAAUAACAACUUCCCGCUCUUUGCUGAGGGACUCACACGGAACCGAACUGUCCAGGAGAAAGCCUUGGCCUUGGAGCAACAGGUUCUGAUGCUUACCAAGGAGUUAGAGUCUCAGAAGGAGCUGGUGAGGAUCCUGCAUAAAGCCCUGGAGGCCGCACAGCAGGAGAAGAGGGCAACCAGCGCGUACCUGGCAGCGGCCGAAGACAAGGACCGGCUGGAGCUGGUGCGGCACAAAGUGCGGCAGAUCGCGGAGCUGGGCAGGCGGGUGGAGGCCCUGGAGCAGGAGCGGGAGAGCCUGGCGCAGACGGCGAGCCUGCGUGAGCAGCAGGUGCAGGAGCUGCAGGAGCACGUGCAGCUGCUCAUGGACAAGAACCAGGCCAAACAGCAGGUCAUCUGCAAGCUGUCUGAGAAGGUCACCCAGGACUUCGUGCGCCCCCCUAACCCGCUCCUUGUGGCCCCAGACGCUGCCGACAGGGACUUCUUGAGCCAGCAGGAAAAGAUGGAGCAUCUGAAGGAUGACAUGGAAGCGUACCAGACCCAGAACCGCUUCCUCAAUUCCGAGAUCCACCAGGUGACAAAGAUCUGGAGAAAGGUGGCUGAAAAGGAGAGGACCCUCCUGAUGAAGUGUGCCUACCUCCAAGCCAAGAACUACCAGGUGGAGAGCAAGUACCUGGCAGGGCUGCGGAGGCUGCAGGAGACCAUGGGGAAUCAGGGCGGCGAGAGCGCGGAGCUGCUCAGGCAACUCAUCCAGGAGGCGCUGCAGUGGGAAGCCAGCGAGGCCUCUGCUGACAGUGUUGAGCUGAGCCCCAUCAGCGAGUAUGAUGAGUAUGGCUUCCAGACAGUGCCCAACUAUGAGGUGGAAGACCUGAAGCUGCUGGCCAAGAUCCAGGUGCUGGAGGUGCGCUCCCACCACCUGCUGGCCCACGAGGCUACAGAGCGACCCCUGCGAGAGCGCUGGGCUGCCCUGGGUGAGCUUGCACCCUCCGUGGAGCUCAAGCAGCUGCUGCGGAUGGGCGUGUCCCAAGAGCACCGGCCUCGAGUCUGGAGGUGGUUGAUCCACCGCCGCGUCCAGCACCUGCAGGCCCCUGGCCGCUACCAGGAGCUGCUGAGCCGGGGCCAGACCUGCAAGCACCCUGCUGCCCGCCAGAUCGAGCUGGACCUGAACCGCACCUUCACCAACAACAAGCACUUCACCUGUCCCACCUCCAGCUUCCCCGACAAGCUCCGCCGGGUGCUGUUGGCCUUCUCCUGGCAGAACCCCUCCAUCGGCUACUGCCAGGGCCUGAACAGGCUGGCAGCCGUCGCUCUGCUGGUGCUGGGUGAAGAGGAGAGUGCCUUCUGGUGCCUGGUGGCCAUCGUGGAGACCAUCAUGCCAGCUGAUUACUACAGCAAGACGCUGACAGCGUCCCAGGUGGACCAGCGGGUGCUCCAGGACCUCCUCUCGGAGAAGCUGCCCAGGCUGAUGGCCCACCUGGGGCAGCUCCGCGUGGACCUCUCCUUCGUCACCUUCAACUGGUUCCUCGUGGUCUUUGCCGACAGUCUCAUCAGCAACAUCCUCCUCCAGGUCUGGGACGCCUUCCUGUACGAAGGCACCAAGCGUGUCCAAAGACUCCCACCGUGGUGUGUGGGUUCUCCUCCCUCUGGGGAUAACCUGCCCUGGCCCCCCAUGCCCUACCUGAGCCCUCACCUGGCCCCAGGUGGUGUUCCGCUAUGCCCUGGCCAUUUUCAAGUACACCGAGGAGGAGAUCCUGAGGCUACAGGACAACCUGGAGAUCUACCAGUACCUGCGCUUCUUCACCAAGACCAUUUGCAACAGCCGGAAGCUGAUGAGCAUCGCCUUCAACGACAUGAACCCCUUUCCCAUGAAACAGCUGCAGCAGCUGCGAGCGGUCCACCGGGAGCGGCUGGAGGCCGAGCUGCGGGAGCUGGAGCAGCUCAAGGCCGAGUACUUGGAGACCCGGGCAGCCCAGGACCCGGUGGUGCCGGAGGGUUGCGCCAGUGAUGACGAGGGGGACGGGGAGCCUGGCGAGGCCACCUGCACUCCCCAAAGCCCUCUCCACUCCUGACCCGCAGCUCAGCCUUGGAGCAGUGGUCCAGCCUCGAGCCCGUCCCAUGUGACGCUGGGCAAGUCCUUCCGCUUCUGGGCUCCGCCUCCCAGCAGAACCUGCGUGCUGGCUGGGUGCCCAGCGCUGCCCCUUUCUCACUUCCUCCUCAGAGCACUUUAGCACGCAGACAGGAGAGCUGUCUUUAUAGGGAACUGUGAACAUUCUCUAAGUUCUUCUGUAUAAACCAUGUAAAUACGA